AUGAAGAAAAAGAAGGUGUCCGCCCGAAUAACCAAGCAGCUGGAACAGGCAGCCAAGAAGGAGGAGGAGGAGGAGGAGGAGGAGGAGGAGGUUGUGGAAGAUAUAAACCCUGCCAACGAACUACUUCAUGCUCUAGCAAUCUACCAGAUGCUUCUGCAGAGGGUGCGCCUUGAUCCGAGAUACAGUGACCUGACCAUUGAAUGCAGAGGGGAUGAACACGCUGUGCACAAAUGCAUAGUCUGCCCGCGAUCAGCCUUCCUUGCCAAAGUCUGUGAUAGUGGGUUGCAGGCGAGACAUCAAUGGGGCAGGAACAAUAUACCACGGGUGUACUGCACGGUAGCUAAUUCAAUAAAGGAAUCAUCCACAAACAGGGCCACGCUACAAGAAGAGCCGCGCUUGGUCAAAGGGCUGAUUGAGUAUUUCUAUUACCUGGACUACGAGGUGCAACCUCACUGCCCAGACACAGAUGUCUUCAUCGGCCUAGACAAGCCAACACCAGACACAGAAACGGACGCGGACGUCGUGAGAGCACCUAGUGAACCGAAAGAAGACCUGGUGGCCACAUUUGAUCCCCUAUCGAUUCACAUUUCGAUGUACUCCCUCGCAGACCGAAUGUUCAUUGAGGGACUGAAGGUUCUUUCAAAGAAAAAAUUUAUACAAGAGUUGGACCAACGAGUGAAUACGGAGAUAUUCCCGUAUGCCAUCACCCAGAUUUACAACUCCACACAUGCAAGUGACCGAGGUCUGCGAGACAUCGCGGUCAAAGCAACUAUGGACAAUCUUCAGCAGCUGAGAACGGCACCCUAUGGGCAUGUAGCGAGCACGGCAACCUCGGUUUUCACAGACAGCCUGCUGAAAGAAAUCCCACAAUUUUGUUAUGACUUGGCUGUGGCAAUGAUGGAAAAGACGGUAUCUGACUGGCGAUGCUAUGGAUAUAGUAGGAAAAAUUGGAUAAGCCAGUGA